CCCCUAUACACCGUCGAGGUAUUGGGGCUCAAAACCCGUGGAAGGCGGCACUGAGCAGUUUCUUCUAUUAAGAUUUUUACACAGUAAACUUCAAGUCUAUUACACACUUAACUAUGGAACUGAAAAUGAUGUUAAUAUGUGUUACAAUGUUUGAUGAAGGAGGGAUUCGAUGGCCCACAUGUAACGUAUGUGGAAAAUCCACCAGAGGCUUUACAUUCAGAUGCAACUUCUGCCAUUUCCAAAUGCAUCCAUGUUGUGCUAUGCUUUCUGACCAAAUCAAUUACCCAUCUCUUCACAGCCACCCUUUGAACCUUUUGCCACCUUUAGCCUCGGAUGAUCAAUAUAACUUGAUCUGCAGGGAGUGCAACAGAAAGAGAUCUGGCCGUCUUUACGGUUGCAGGGUUUGCAACUAUCAUCUGCAUGCAGUUUGUGCUAAGGAUUUGAUCAACGGGUUAAAAGUGAAUGGCAUCAAGAACUCUGAGAAAGCUAGCAUGCUAGGACCUGCUGUACGUUUUGCUUCACAAGCCGUUGCUGAGUUCUUCAACGGACUGAUUGAUGGGAUCGGAGAAGGUGUGGGAGAGGCUCUGGUUCAGAAUGUGACUAGGAGUGGGGGACAUAAUACAACCGGAAGAAUAUAACUAUAUAAGUAUAUAACUAAGGGAUUCGAAGCUACUAAAUACAUAGCUACUAUUUGAUCCUAUUAUUAUAAUUAUUCAUAUAAUGAUAAUAAUGAAGUUCCUUAACUAUUCAUAUAUGGGCUUUGAUAUAUCUGGGAAGAAAAAAGUUGUACCAUAUGAAUUAUAACAUUGUAUAUAUAAAGAUGUAAAAAGUAAAAGAAUAGUUAUUGUAUUUGAUAUAA